AUGUUAACAAGAAAGAUUAAAGAGCACACCGAAAACCAUCCAACCGAUAUCUGCAAAUACCGUCUCGAAGGUGAAAAAUUGAACGAACUUGAACCUCAACUCGUUCCACGUAAGUCCAAGCUGAGCGUUGAGGAAUUGAAGGUGAAGCUCGGGAAGGCUUUGACAGAUAUUGUGGAUAGAAAUGUCAGUAUCUUCGAAAAGAAGACGGAUGAAUUACUAGAAACAAUCGAGAAACUCCAAGCAGAUGCGAUAGCACAAGAACAGGCCUUUCGUCAAGCGAAAUUAGAUACUGAGACCAAGCACAGGAAGGAACUUGGGCAGUUGGCUGCUAAUCUGGAGGCUGCUACUACCAAGGCAGAGCAAGCUUCUGCAGACUUGCAAAAGAUAAAACAAGGUUCUACCAAAGCACUGGCAAAGCUUAACACCAAACUGGCCAAGAAUACUGCGGCUCUAACGGCAAAGGAACAAGAGCUAUCAAUAGCCACAGAAGCUCUUGCCACGCAGGUCUCCGAGUUCGAAAACACCUCGAAGGCUCUCUCAGAGAUACAACAGAGUCAUAGCAACUGUUCCAAGACAAUCAAAACCCUAGAGAUCGAUUUGCGAGACGCAAGAGCUAUCAACAACGCUAGCCGAACAAGCACCCAUGCGGAAGCUGAUAGAAUGAAGAAAGGAAUCGCAAAAGCUACCGCGGAUCUCGAAGCACGUCUCAAUAAAUCAGAAUACAACAAUCAGGGGCUGGAGAGAAAAUGCCGUAUGUUUGAAGACAGAUACUCCGAGCAAGUGAUUGCAUCUGCGAAAAAGGAAGAGCAGCUCAUUCGAAGCGUGGUGGAGGAACGGCGCUCCCAUGAUCGAGUUUUGGAAUUGCAGCGAGAUCUCGAGAAAGAGGAGAAUAGAUUUUUCGAAUUAGAGUUGGCGUUUCAAAAUCUUUGUCAUAAGUUUGGUGUUGAUAGAGAAUGA